UUCAAUUUUGGCCGAGAAAUACGGAAUAACAAAAGGUUUAUCUUUCAGAGCUCAUCUUCAGUAACUUUGGACUCGAUCCAGCAAAAUGAAGGUUAUUGCGUGUCUGCUUCUUGUGGCCUUCAUCUAUUGUGUUGGCCAUGUGGCGUCCCUACAGUGCUACGCGUGCACAGGUAUGGGGACAGGUACUGACUACGACAACUGUCUCAACAAGAAGGACACCUGGAACCUGACGACCUGCCCUGCUAACACCACCAACUGCUUUUCUGUGAAGUUGAUGCUGAACUCAACCUACCAACUGUACGGUCGCGGCUGCGCGAGGCAGAGUCAGUGUUCCACAUCAAAACUCACCAACGCCACCGCUGCCUGCCUGGCCGUCGGAGCCAGUGAUACCAGCAGUUGUACAAGUAAGUGUGCGAGCUAG